CAUGAGAACACACACACGUGAAAAACCAUUUAAGUGUUCAGUAGUGGCAACAGCUUUUCUCAAAAUAGUAAUUUGACUCAACACAUGAGAACACACACAGGUGAAAAACCAUUUAAGUGUUCAGUUUGUGGCAACAGCUUUUCUCAAAAUAGCAAUUUGACUCAACACAUGAGAACACACACAGGUGAAAAACCAUUUAAUUGUUCAGUUUGUGGCAAAAGCUGUUCUAUUAAGAGUAAUUUGACUGAACACAUGAAAACCCACACAGGUGAAAAACCCUUUAAUUGUUCAGUUUGUGGCAAAAGCUGUUCUGUUAAGAGUAAUUUGACUGAACACAUGAGAACACAUACAGGUGAAAAACCCUUUAAUUGUUGAGUUUGUGGCAACAGCUUUUCUCAAAAUAGCCAUUUGACUCAACACAUGAGAAUACACACAGGAGAAAGACCAUUCAAUUGUUCAGUUUGUGGCAAAAACUUUUCUCAAAAUAGCUCUUUGACUCUACACAUGAGAACACACACUGGGGAAAAACCAUUUAAUUGUUCAGUUUGUGGCAAAAUCUUUUCUGUUAAGAGAAUAUUGACUCGACACAUGAGAACACACACAAGAGAAAAACCAUUUAAUUGUUCAGUUUGUGGUAAAAACUUUCAUAAAAACAGCUCUUUGUGUCGACACAUGAGAACACACGCUGGAGAAAAAAACAUUUAGUUGUUUAGUGUGCUGUAAAAGGUUCACACAUAAUGCAGACACAGUAAAACACAAAAGAACACACAAGAGAAAAUAACCAAUUAGCUUUUUAGUUUGUGGUAUGUUGCUCAUAUGUGGUGACAUCCACCCUACCCAGGACCUCCUCACUGCUUCUAUGACAAAUAUCUGAGGUAUUCGUAGAAACUUGGAUUAUUUGGAGCAUAAUCUUAUCUACUCAUGACCCCAUGUCUUCUCUGUAUCUGAAACCUUCCUGAACAGUAAGAUAGAUGAUGCUUCAAGUGCUUGGUUACUCCUUCUUCAGUCCAGGGACUUGGGGCCUCAUGUGUCAAGUUUGUGCACCCUCAAAAACCUGCACUAUGCCCUUUUUCACUGCAAAGUUGAGAUGUAUCAAAACUGAUAUUGUGAUGCUGGGUAACUGUUUGCAUAACCAAGUGUCAACUUUUACUCCUCAGACUGAUUGAUGUGCAAAUCAGAGACAUAAAAACAAUUAACACCCACAACCCAACCUCCACCUCCCUCGACAUUCGGGCAUAACAGGUUCAAUCCGGCCCGUGAGAUGAGUUUGCGAAGUGUAAAAUUCAGCUGCAUUUUUAAUGAAAGAAACUGCUGUUCUAAUUGUGUCCACUGGAUGUCGCAAUAGGAAUUCUGUUAGGCAAGCAAGUAGUUUAUACCGGAGCGAGCAAGUAUACCAAGCAAGAGGUACACGGUAAAGCGGGGCUGUGACUCCUCCCCCUCCACCUAACGUAAAACAGGAGUAAAAUAACCAACCAGUAACCCACUUAAAAUAGAAUAAAAUAACAUUUUGUUGAGUUUUAUUGUCAUUAUUACAGUGAACCGGUUCAAAGAACAACGCAAUUGAAGCAGAUCCCCUAA